AUGGACGACGACGGGCUGGCCGCGCCCCCGUGGGCGACAAAGCCCCUCGAUGAGAUUUCGACGUCCGAGUCUGAGACAGAGAUGGACGAGGAGCAUGCCGAUGAGGCAAGCGCACGGCCGUCCACGGACCCGCCAGAGCCUGCGCCAGAGGUGCGGUGCAUGUGGGAGGACUGUGGCGAGGUGUUUACGGAUCUACAGCCCUUUAUUGCUCAUCUGCAUUCGUUUCAUAUCGGCAUUAACAAGUCGCGUUAUGCAUGUGAGUGGACGGGAUGCCCACGAAAAGGCAAGAGCCAAACGUCGCGCUUUGCCUUGUUGAGUCACUUGCGCAGCCAUACGGGCGAAAAGCCGUUCACAUGCCCCCGGCCGGAAUGCGACAAGUCGUUUACACGGUCGGACGCGCUGGCGAAGCACAUGCGCGUGCAGCACAAUAUGCCCACGACCAGCCAGGGCCGCUCGAACGGCGCCGAUGGCGACGAGUCGCGUGACGGCGCGAUGGCCGACGAUAUGGCCGAUGUCGCCGAGUACGAGCGCCGCCUGCAGGAGGCUGAGACGUCCUAUGUGCUGAUCGCUCAGCGCGCGGCGGACAAUAGCCGAUACCUGCUGCCGGCGCAGGAAGCCAGCGAGCUGGAAAAAAUGGCCAUGUACCUCCCGCCUGGAGACAAGAAGGACGACGAUGACGACGACGAAGACAUCGACCUGUCGUCGCCGCCUCACGCCGCGCCAAAGCCAUACCUUGUCGCCAAAGCCAAGUGGCGAUACCUGUCGCAGCGGCGCGACGCGUGGCUCCGGGAGGUACAGACUCUCCAGGAAGAAGAGACGGAGCUGCUGAAAAGCUGUCGCGACGCUCUCGAUCAGCUACUGCACAACGCGUACGGAGAUGAUGCGGCGCGUGUCAUUACCCAUAGUCAUUGA